AUGCGUUCACGCCUGGCUCCUGCGCGGCUGCUCGCCCGCUCGUCGCGUCGGCUGUCCACAGCGACUGCCAUCGCUCCGCUCGACUUCACUGAUCCGCGGACUGCCUUUUCUGGGACCUCAACUGCAGAGCUGCUGCGAGGCGCUGUCGUGCUGACGGCAUGCACCAUCAGGCCCUUUGUUAUGAACGCGGAGAUGCUGCUUGGCCUCUCGACAAAGGUCUUUGGGAAGACUUUCACCGACACCGUCGUGCGGAAGACCUUCUUUGCCCAUUUUGUCGCGGGCGAGUCGGCCGAGGGCAUCAAGCCGGUAAUGCAGGCGCUCAAGGCGCAGGGUGUGGGCGGCAUUCUCGACUACGCAGCCGAGGCCGACAUGGGAGACAAUCCCUUGACUGCUGGCAACGCCAAUCAGCCGGCGCGCGUGUAUCCGUACGCCGGGGAGGAUGAGUGCGACGCCAACAUGCAGCACUUCCUCACCGGCGUGAAGGCUGUCGCCGACACCUCGCCGGACGGGUUCGCUGCCAUCAAGGUGACGGCACUCGGCGACCCCAAACUGCUCGAGCGCAUCUCGGACAGCCUCUCUGCGAUUCAAGGCGACUUGCCGCGGGCGGCGUUUGGCUUCUUCACCUCCCUCGACAAGGACGGCAACGGCGGCCUCAGCAAGGAGGAGUUCACCGCGGGGUGGCUCGAGGCGUUCGAUGGCGUGACUGCAGAGCAGGCGGGCAAGUACUUUGAUAAGUACGACACGAAUAAGAGCGGCGAGAUCGACCCCAUCGAGUGGUCGCUCAUGAUCCCGAUCGAGGAGGUGCCAAAGAUGGUGUCAAAGUGCAAGAAGGCGGGGCCAGUCAAGAGCACCGCGCUCUCUCCGGACGAGCUGGUCGCGAUGAAGAACAUGCUCAGCCGGUGCGACAACAUCUGCGCGUACGCGGCGGAGCUCGGAGUCCGUCUCAUGAUCGACGCCGAGCACUUCCACAUGCAGCCAGCUAUUGACCAGGCCGUCCUGACGAUGCAGCUCAAGUACAACAAGACCUACCCGGCGGUGUACAACACGUACCAGGCCUACCUGCGGCGCACGCCCGGCAAGCUGAGGGAGGACCUCGAGCGUUGCAAGCGCGAGGACAUCCACUUCGGCGGCAAGCUGGCUUCGCACGCAUCCUACGCGGAGUGCAUGACCGAGAUGCUCGUCCGGAGCCCGGUGCCGGAGAAGACGUCUCCCUUCUUUGCGUCGCACAACGAGGACAGCGUGCGAAUGGCGGUCGGCCUCUUGUCCUCGGGCGAGUCCAAGGUCACGUCCGACAAAGUCGGGUUUGGCCAGCUCCUUGGCAUGUCGGACCACCUCACCUUCACGCUGGGGGGCGCCGGGCUGAAGGCCUACAAGUACGUGCCGUACGGCCCGCUCGACGAGGUGAUGCCGUACUUGCUGCGCAGGGCGCAGGAGAACAGCGACGCGCUGGGCGGCGCGCGCGACGCCGCCAUCCCUCUCCCAGCCGCAGCGCCGCGCAGCACGCUGAUGCGUGGCCCCGACUUGUCUGCAGGCGCGCCGUUGCAGCGUGCAAUGAUGCUGGCCGAAGUGAAGCGCCGCAUGUUUGGCUGA